AUGCCGUUGAUUCGGGAGGUGCUUAUGAUGACAGGACUCAACUGGACGGUCGAGAGCGUGAUGUGGGGGACUAAAGAGAACUCGGCGAGGGUAGAAUCCGCAGUUCUUUUUGUCGUUGGAGAGGAAAUGGACCUAAAAGAAUGUGCAUGCUCCCGCUGCAAGAGGACUCUGGGCCCUUUUGGCCUAUGCGUCCGUAUCGAGGGCAUUCCUUCCCUGACAGUCUGUGCUGGCUGUCACUGGAACAAGAAUGACAAGGAUUGUGACUCCUACCAUGCCCCGCCAACAAACGCUCUGCAAAAGCCCGAGCCUUUCCCCGUUUUAGUUCUUUCCGCAAAAUUCAACGAAGUCGCUUCUGCAGUUUCCAGGUUGACAGAGUCUCUUGACGCAUCAUCUACAGAUAUGGAAGAGACUUAUGAAGCUGCAACAGAACUUCUGGUUUCAAGCCCUGGACCAACCGAAUCGACGGUGAAGAUGGUCUCCAGUAUGGAACAAUCCCGGAAGAAUGACCGAGAGGUGACAAAGAACCUGCAAUCUCUGGUUCAAUCUUGCAGCGAGCUUACUUCAUUGCUGCAAGAGGCUCUCGAGGUUGAAAAUGAGGCCGAGCGAGUAGGAAACGCUAAAAGGCGUCGUAUCAAGUGA